AUGUGGAUUAAACCACACAAUCGAAAUUUCCUAACAUUUCACAGCCUACUAUCUUAUUUCAUAUUAUUUGUUGGUAUAUUAUGCUGUACAAUUAAUUUAAUCACAAGUGAGCGUGUUGUUCGUGUUCGACGAGAAGAUGCACUAAACGAAGACAUUUCAGCAAGUGGUGGGGACGAUGAUAUCCCAGCGGAAACGACUCCAGCACCUUCGAGUGUAAAAGGUCCUGGACCAUUCUUACAAGCAAAUAUUGUGACAGGUCCUCGUGGUGCACCAGGUGAACCGGGUCUACCUGGACCAAUGGGGCCUGUUGGGCCGCCGGGAAAAAUUGGUGAACCGGGUCCUCCAGGACCCUCUGGCGAAGAUGGUGGCCGUGGACCUCCUGGUCCAUCUGGUGAUCCAGGGGUUGAUGGAAAACCAGGCUUAGAUGGCGAACCGGGUAUGCGUGGAACUUCAGGGCCUCCCGGACCAGUGGGUCCAAUGGGUUUAAUUGGACCUACAGGUCCUCCAGGUCCGAUGGGCCCACCAGGUUUGAAAGGCAUCAAAGGAUCUCCAGGUAUUGAUGGACCAAUGGGUGAACGAGGUGAAGUUGGUCUCCCAGGCCCGUUCGGUUCACCUGGACCUAAAGGACCACUUGGAAUGCCAGGUGCUCAAGGCCCAGUUGGUCAAAUGGGUACACAAGGACCAGAUGGAUUUCCUGGAUUGAUGGGUCCAGUAGGCUCACAAGGAUCGCCAGGACCUGCUGGAAUGAUUGGACCGGUUGGUUUAAAAGGUGAUGAAGGACUUCAAGGUCCACCAGGCUCUCCUGGUGACCCUGGUGAUCCUGGUUUAGAUGGAAGUCCUGGAGCUGAUGGAGAGCCAGGACCUAUGGGGCCAGUGGGAAAAGAUGGACCACCAGGUUUAAAAGGCGAGAGAGGAAUUCCAGGCCCCAUGGGACCUCAGGGCGCUGCUGGCCCACGGGGAUUAUCAGGAGGGCCAGGGACUCCAGGAUCGCCUGGAGAAAAGGGAUCUCAAGGAGUUCCAGGACCACAAGGACCGACGGGUCCAGCUGGACCAAUGGGACCUCCUGGAGAUGCUGGUGAUAGAGGGCCAUAUGGACCUAUGGGUGAUAUUGGUAAACCUGGUCCACGGGGUCCACCAGGUGAGACCGGACCGAAAGGAGACACUGGUAUGAUUGGUGCUCAGGGGAUGCCUGGAAACCCUGGAUUAGAUGGAAUACCUGGGAAACCUGGAGAAGCUGGAAGUGACGGAGAAAUGGGUAGGCAAGGUAUGCCUGGUCCGCCAGGUAUACCUGGGCCUUCUGGACGAGAUGGAGAACCUGGUCCUAGAGGUUUCCCAGGCUCGAAGGGUCAGGAUGGUUCACAAGGUCUACGCGGUGCAGUUGGACCAAGAGGCCCACCAGGAAAAGAUGGAGAUGAUGGUGAAAUGGGCGCAGCUGGUCCUCCAGGACCUGCAGGCCCACCUGGCCCCUCUGGACCACCGGGUGUUCGUGGUGGACGAGGUCCGUCUGGUGAAGCAGGAGAUACAGGACCCCCAGGUCCACAAGGUAGUCGUGGUCCAACCGGAGCUCGUGGGCGUCGUGGGAAAGCUGGAGUAGCUGGUGGUCCUGGAAGUAUCGGAGCACCAGGUGAAAGAGGUCCGUCUGGACCUAUCGGACCAUCGGGUCAGCCAGGACCUAUUGGACAGCCUGGUCAACCAGGAGGCAAAGGUCCUACUGGAAGAGAUGGGAAACAGGGUACUGAUGGCAGACCAGGAACACAAGGACAGGUUGGUCUGCCAGGUCCUAUUGGAGAGCGUGGACCUGCUGGUGAAGACGGCGAACAAGGCUACCCUGGUUUACAAGGUCCUAAAGGGGAAGUUGGUUCACAAGGUAUCCCUGGACGAAUUGGGCCAGCCGGUCCACCAGGUGUCCGAGGGGGUUCCGGUCAGAUGGGCCUAAGAGGAACUAAAGGACCACGUGGUACUCCUGGAGAAGAUGGACCACCAGGAAAAGAUGGAGCACCUGGCGAGUCAGGACCUCCAGGUGAACCCGGUCCUCGAGGUCCUCUUCAAGUUCAGGGUUAUGAUAAUGGUAAAAUUGUUGGUCCACAAGGAGCUAAAGGUCUACCAGGAUAUCCUGGACCACGUGGAAGACCAGGAAUACCAGGCGCACCUGGAGAUCCGGGUCCAAUUGGAGAGGCUGGUGCGCCAGGUGAAGAUGGUCCACCUGGUCCUGAAGGCCCACGUGGCAAAGAUGGUGUUGAUGGUGCACCUGGAAGGCCAGGGAAAUCAGGUAAACCUGGUCAGUCUGGAGCAGUUGGCGCACAAGGACCACCAGGGAAACCCGGAGAUGCUGGAUAUGCUGGUCCUCCUGGGCCAUCUGGAAUUCCUGGCCCAUCAGGGGAACCUGGUUUACCCGGAGUGGAUGGUGUUAAUGGAACUGCUGGUCCACAAGGGCCUCCUGGGAAUACAGGUGCUCCGGGAGCUCGCGGUGCUGCUGGUCCUCCAGGAAUUGAUGGUGCUAAAGGUCCACCCGGAGAUGAAGGACCUGUUGGGCCUAGAGGGCAAGCCGGACCAAGAGGAACUCAAGGCAAAGAUGGACUUCCUGGACUUCAGGGAAAAAUGGGUGCUCCUGGUAGACCAGGUGCAAGAGGAUCAGCUGGAGUUAUGGGUGUGCCGGGACCUCAAGGAAAGAUAGGACCAACAGGUAAAGAAGGCCCGCAAGGACCAUCUGGUCCUGUUGGACCGCCUGGGCCACCAGGAACGGAUGGAGAGGUUGGUGGUGCUGGACCAGUUGGAGAACUUGGAUCUCCCGGACCACAAGGUCUUCCAGGUGAACGAGGGCUUCAGGGUCCACCUGGUCCCUUAGGAGAACCAGGCCCGCCAGGACCCAGUGGGCCUCCGGGAAUACCGGGACCAGAUGGACCAAGCGGACCGAGGGGUGAGCCAGGUGAUGCUGGUACAGACGGUGUGCCGGGAGGAAAAGGUGAAGAUGGACCACCAGGACUUCCUGGACGGCCCGGAAAAGAUGGUUCGCCAGGAGAAGUUGGGUCUCCUGGUGCUCCAGGACCUCAAGGGGAGGCUGGAUUUAUUGGUGAACCUGGUCCUCCAGGUGGCCCUGGUCCUGUGGGAAAAGAUGGGCCACGGGGACCCCCGGGCCACAUGGGUAGUGAAGGGCCGCCCGGACCUCCUGGGCCCCCAGCUAUGAGUUACGGUAAAAUGUAUGGAGACCAAAAGGGUAUAACUCUAGAAAUGCCCAAUGGAACACGCACUUUCCCAGCUAGAUCAUGCAAUUAUUUGUCCCGUACACAUCCUCAACUUCCAGAUGGUGAAUACUGGAUUGAUCCAAAUGGUGGCUCAAAUAAAGAUGCAGUUAAGGUAUUCUGUCGCCUGCGUUCAGGCGAAACAUGUUUUUCACCACUGACUACUUCUUAUCAGAACAGAGAUGUGAAUAAAACUAUUGGUAAAGAUAUUUGGUUUAGUCAACUGUAUGAAGAGAAACAGUUUACUUAUGAAAUGUCAAUGAAUCAGAUUAAUUUCCUACAACUGUUUUCCGCGAAAGCUAAUCAACAGUUAACAAUAAUAUGUAAUGAAAUUAAUUUCACUGGGAAACGAACACCACGUCUGUUUACAAAUAAUGAUAAAGAAUUAACUGAAAAUGGCUCAUUUCUAAGUUACAAAUUAGUCGAAAACAGCUGUCAGUCUGCAUCAUCGAAAUUUGGUAAAAUGACAAUUGAAGUGGAUACAAAAUCACAACGUCUUCCAUUACGCGAUAUAAUCUUACCACAAAUUGAUCAUUCACAACAAAUUCUUGGCUUAGAAUUAGGCAGAGUAUGCUUUCAUUAA